ACUUUGAUCUUUUUCCGUUCCAUUCCUUUACAUUUUGCAUUUUCGUAUUUUUGGAAUUCAUCAUCUUCGUUGCGAGUAUACAAUGGCAGGUCGGGGUAAAACUCUUGGAUCCGGGGCCUCGAAGAAGGCGACAUCGAGGAGUAGCAAGGCCGGGCUUCAGUUUCCGGUGGGUCGUAUCGCUCGGUUCCUUAAGGCUGGAAAAUAUGCUGAACGUGUCGGAGCUGGAGCUCCUGUUUACCUCGCUGCCGUUCUUGAAUAUCUUGCGGCUGAGGUUCUCGAGCUUGCUGGAAAUGCAGCCAGAGACAACAAGAAAACCCGAAUUGUGCCACGUCAUAUCCAGCUUGCUGUGAGGAACGACGAAGAACUGAGCAAACUACUUGGAGAUGUAACGAUUGCCAAUGGAGGUGUGAUGCCCAACAUCCACAACCUCCUCCUCCCCAAGAAAGCCGGAGGCUCCUCAAAGGUUUCCGGCGGUGAUGAUGAUUAGAUCCAGAUCAAUUAGUUUAGAUUCUGAAAGCUGGCGAGAAAUGCAUCCUGGUUCCUUGUGUGUUAAUGCGGUUCUGAGAUGGAACAGGUCUUGAAUUUUAGUUUUGAUUGUUGUCAUUAGUUUCUUGAGAUUAGGGUUUGAAGAAGAUGAAGAAAAACAAGUGUUUCAAAUGUCUUUUGUGGGAUUGUAGUUUGUUCACGGUGUUUAGUUUAGUAGGUAGUCUAGGCUUCUUAGUUUAAUGUGAAUAUAAUCUAAUCAUCAAUAUCUGUUACUUGGUUAAUAGAAGAGUUGUGACUUUUUUUUUUCAUUAAUGAAAUUAAUGCAAUAUUUCAAUUUCAA